AUGCACCUUUGUUUCAAUUCAUUAAAGACUAUUGUGGAUCUAAGUUCAAAAUCGACGGGGGAGGAUUUGCAGAGUCGCAUCUACCAUUUACCCGUUAUUCUAAAGGGUGCUUCAGAAUUCGAGAGGAAGAAUGAUACUGAUGAACUCCAGCUCAAAGUCGAGUUGCAUUGGUCAGAUCGUAAGACUGGAUGCACCACAGAUGAAAGUACGAGUACGGAACUUUUGGAAGGUCCCAUCGCAAAGCCUUCUAUGGAUCUUCCGCAAACGCUUUUCAAUAUCGAAGAAGGUCAUUCGGUUUCAAUACCUCCUGAGGAAGCGUCGCAACUGGUACUUGAGCAAGAGUCUGAUCAUCCAACUAAUGACCUGGUUAUUGCUGACUCCGAGCGGAUACCAUCGACAGAAGAUGUAAACAGUGCGCAUUCUGGACCGUAUUCUAUGGACUCUGUGCAGUUGGNAUCCGAUCGUGCUGUAUCAAUGCACCAUCAUGCAUCGCGUACUGAAUUGGUAAACAACAUCCGUAAAUGCGAAGCGCUGCGAAUAGAACAGGAGCUGGCGGGAAGACAUCGACUUUGUCAACCGGAAAAUGAUUUGGAAAUAGCUGAUGAUGCUCAGUAA